ACAGCUAAUAUCCCCAUGAGCUGCGCCGGACGUAGCAGGAACUCCGCUCACUCCUUGCAAUCCUGCAUUAAUCCCUGCUUUCUACAGCCACCCUCCGGCCGCAGUUUGCUUCCCCUGGCUGCGGCCAAAGUGUUAAAAAAAAUCACCUCGCAAAUAAAUUGCCUCUCCUAAAGCCCCGGCUAUCGCUGCCUGCAUUCCCUGCUGUCGUUUUGUCGCUGGAGAGGUGGGAACGUCAGAUAAGCUCCGUGUUGCUCUUCCCCGCGAGGUUCUGGAUGCCAACGCCGGCCUCCUGCCCCGUCGCCGCUUCCAGGAAAACCAUCGCCCGGCCCCUUCGCGAGGGCGUUUCUCUGAGCGCUCAUAAAAACAACAACAACCCCGUCGCUUCGGCCAUGGCCGCGGGAAACGCCGUGGAAAAUCUCCAGGAGGAAACCACCUGCGCCAUCUGCCUGGAUUUCUUCCACGACCCUGUCAUGCUCCUGAGUUGCGGCCACAAUUUUUGCCGUGGCUGCCUCGACCGUUGUUCUGGGGAUGCCGCCGGGGCCGGUUCCUGCCCCCAAUGCCGUUUACCUUUCCCCCGCGGUGGCUUCCGUCCCAACCGGCAACUGGCCAACGUGGUGGUGGCCGUCCGGGAGCUGGCAAUGCCGGUGGCGGAGGAGCUUUGCCGGCGGCACCGCCGACCCCUCACCCUUUUUUGUCACCGGGAUGGGAUCCUCCUCUGCACCGCCUGCGCCGAGCAUCACGCCCACCCCGCCGCGCCCCUCGAAGAGGCCGCUCGCGAGUACAGGGAGCAGUUCAAAGCUUCCCUAAAAGUCCUGCAAGAGGAGGACGAGCGACUCGCUGGGCUGGCAGCGGCAGCGGAGGAGACGAGACGGGAGAUGCUGACUCGAGUCGAUGCCGAGAAGCAGAAGCUGCUGGCGGUGCUGGAAGGGCUUCGGCGGGUGUUGGGAGAGCAGGAAUCGCGGUUCUUGACCCGUCUGGGUCGCCUACGCCGCAGGCUGGAGGAGCAGCGACGCGGGGAAGCCUCCGAACUGGCCCGGCUCCGGCAACGCCGCAGCGAGCUCCAGGCCAAGUGCCGGCAACCGGACGGUGACCUGCUGCAGGUGAGCCAAAUCCUUCCCCCAAUCCCUCUGUUUUCCCCCUCUUUGGCUUUUAUUCCCAGGCAAACAGCCCUGAACGUCUCUCUCCCUUCCUCUCCAGGAUGCCCAAAUCACCCUGAGCAGGUACCGGGGCCAAAAACGUCACCAGGAACACCGUUUUGGGGCCAAAAUCCUCUGUUUUGGGGGUCUCCUCCUCACCCUGCAUCCUUUUCCCCCGGGGUUUUUGCUUUUGAGCUGGGGGGGACAACGGUUAAUCCCAAGCUUGGUGGUGAUGGGGAUCUCCCAUCACGUCUUGCAGGAGCUGCAGCCUUUCCUGGGGAAAUAAAGCCUGGAGGGAGGUGCUUUCCCCAUGGUAUUCCAGCACGGGGAAGGGAAAUUUGGGGAUUCCUUGGCAUUAAACACCCCAAUUUGCCCCCCCCGAGGUGCACAGAGUGGAGGGCGCAGCCAUCACAGCCGCCGAUGCCAGAGCUGGAAGCAGAGUUUGAGGAGUUUGUCCUGAAAACCAGCAUGCUGGCAGAGACAAUGAUGCAGUUUAAAGACAUCUUGGGGUGCUCGUUAGAGGAAGACUCGGGGGGAUACCGGAGAGCAACCGUGACGCUGGACCCGGCCACAGCUCACCCCCAAAUCUUGGUGUCAGCAGACGGUCGGACCGCAGGACGCCGGGAAUCGCCCCCGGCUCCUCUUCCUUCGGGAACCGAACGUUUCGAGUCUCUCCGCUGCGUUUUGGGUCGGCAGGGCUUCGCGGGGGGCCGGCACCGCUGGGCCGUGGAGGUUCGUCCCGGUCCCGACUGGGCGCUGGGGGUGGCUCGGGAAUUCGUCUCCCGUAAGGGUUGCUUCGGUCUCAGCCCCGAACGAGGGGUUUGGGCCGUGGGGCAGUGGUUGGGGAAGUUACGGGCUCUCACCUGGCCCAGCCCCACGUCUCUGCCCCACAGCCGCGUGCCCCGACGCAUCGAGGUGGCUUUGGAUUACGCCGGAGGGCGGGUGGCUUUUCGCGACGCCGACAGCGAGACCGAAAUCUUCGCUUUUCCCCCGGCCGUUUUUGCUGGCGAACGACUCCGGCCGCUGCUCUGGCUGGGCGAGGGGCCGGCUCUGCUCACCCUCUGCCCCUGAACCCCCAAAAACCAGACCCUGAACCCCCCAAACCCAAACCUUUCCACCACCCCAACAAACCUCCCGCUCAAUAAACAGCCCCAACACCCCCCCCAGCCCCGUUUGCUUUUCCUUUUAACACCCACCGUAGCAAAAUUCAUCACAUUUCACCGCCCCGCUCCUCACCAGGUUUGCACAGACUCAAAAUUCCCCUUAAAUAUCACUUUUGCAGCUCUGCUGGGCAGUUCUCUGGUAAAAAAUAAGCCUGGAAAAGGGAAAAAACCCACAGAAAUAUCUUGUUUUCCACCACUCACCCUAAACCCCCCCUCUCAAAGUAAAACCCACCCUGAAUGCACAUUUAUUCACCCAUUUAAUUAUUAUUAUUAUUUUUCAAAGAGAAAGAAAUCACACAUGGGCCCAGAGCAGGAUUUUGCACACUGGGGAGAAGAGCCACACUCAAGAGGUUGGGGGUUUUUUUUUUUUGGCCAAUUUAAUACUUUUUGUUGGGUUUUUCCUCCCCAUCACACUGUGUAUGAGAAAAAUACCCUCCAUAGAAGAACAGUGAUUUUUGUUUCCCCAACUGUU